AUGGGACCAACACGAACAGAUUCAAGGAAAGCUAAUAGGAAGGAAGGUGGACCAGUUGCUGGCCCCUCGAAGCCACGACAAGAUGGAAAAUCGAAAAAGCACGCCAACAAACAUCGAGCCAAACACACAUUGCAAGAAGCAAAUGCGACACCUGGUCUACAGAAAAUCAAGGCAUCGUUGAGACAAACGAGACGACUUCUGGCCAAAGAUAAUCUUGCUGGUGAUGUUCGUGCCGAAACUGAGAGAAGGCUCAAGGCCCUUGAAACAGACCUGGCAGCUGCUGAGCGUGGCAAGAAAGAGCGCACGAUGGCGGUCAGAUAUCACAAAGUCAAAUUUUUCGAGCGACAAAAGGUACUUCGGAAGUUGACGCAAGUGAAGAAGCAACAUCCAGUCCCAGAGGAGGCACUCCAUACACUCCGUGUAGAUCUUAAUUACAUCCUGCACUAUCCCAAAACGAAGAAGUACAUCUCAUUAUUCCCGCCCGAGCUACGCAAAGGAGAGAGCUCUGAACCAUCGGUUGAUACCGGAAGGGAACAAGUCCGCGAAUGGGUCCGACAACGGAUGGAAACUGGUGAAAUGGCUGCGGAACCCGAGUUGAAUCUUGAUUCGCGCGGCGGUGGCGUCGACUGGGAAGGGGUUCCAAGCGACAAGCCAGGGUCGCAGGAGAACGCUAUGAUGGAACUUGACGAGCAAGACGACUUUUUUGACAACGAGGAAUAG